UUUAUUUAUUUUACAUAUAUAAAAUAUGAAUUCAAGGUUAAUAGAUGAACCAAUGCCUCCAUGGAACACUAAUCAUAUGCAAGAUUUCUAGCCGAUAAGGGAUUGUUAUUGUUAUGCAAAUAAUGUUUACUAGCUGUUGUUAAGCAGCGAAGUCCAGUCAUCAAUAAUAAUAAGAGACAGUUUUACUAAUGAUUUUUCAAUGGAUUUAGGAAUACUGUGGUGAGGUUUUGUUUUUGGACGAUGGCGACUGAAAGGACCUGAAUCUAAAGGAAAGAUAGAAAUAAAACAUCGGAAGUUUGGAGGAGAAGUAAUUUGAUAAUCACAAGUCUUCACAUCGAAAGGCUUCAGAAAAUUAUUGUCCAAGGUAUUGCGAGUAUCUUUAAUACCUCAGAAAGGUUGGGAAUAAUUUGGUUUGGUUCAGACUUGGUAACAAUUUUCUUCUACUUGAUUGGACUUUGAGGAAAAGAACGAUCGAGGAAUCGAAUUAUAUCGUAAUGUUAUUCUCUGAAGUACUUGUUGACAUACAGCAAGACCGAGUACAAACAGCAAGACCGUGAGACAAGGUCGGAACUACCAGCUGAUUUUCUGUCUAUGAGAGAUAUCAUCACGUUUAUUGAAUUUAAUCCGUAAAAGUAAUCAUUGCAUACACCAUUGUGACAAAAAUUGUACAAUAUUUGAUCUCUGAGUUAAUCGAAUAAUCUUUGAAGAACGAGAAUUAAAGAAUGGAAUUGAAGGAUAGGACAUCUUAUGACCUAAUGAAAGACAGACAUCAAGACGUCGAAGUACAACCUUACGAAAAUUAUACCUACCAUGUUAAUGGGCAGCACUUCACUGCCUUGCAGCAUGAUGACAAAGAAAGCAUUUUGAAUCAUGGGAAUGUAGAAAACACAAAAAGGAAAAAGAGAAGAAAGAAAAGAAGGUCAGAAGUGAACCCAGAUUUAAUGAGCUCACCAGAAAAUGACCAAAGUGCUACAGAUCGAGAAAAUACUACAAUAAACAGAGUGCCUGAUCAGGGAAGAGUUCUAAAUAAACAGAAAAGAAUGCCUUUGAAUAGUCUAGGAACUAGUGAAGAACUUCAGAAAAUCGAGGAAGAGUUUUGCAGACAAGGAGCAGAGCCUAAUAAGAUUGACAUUAGACAACAGGCAAUCCAGCAAGCUAUACAUCAAUCAAAAAAUGAAAGUCAUGAAAAGAAAAGACAUUAUGAUUACGUAUUAGUCUAUAAACCUGGGGACCUUUCUACCACGCAGGAGAGACUAAGAGAAACAUUUGAAAAGUCACUUGAGGAGGAAGGUUUUAGAAUCGAAAAGAAGUACUCUACACUACAUACAUUUGUAAUACUGCACUGUCCUUUUGAGAGGCUAUGUAUUGAAGCUGAGCAUGUGAUAUUACAAAUGCCGCUUGCAGGGUAUGUUGUUCCUGARCGAAAUGAACGCAGUUGGUUAUCAAGGCUGGGAGACAAGUUCAAGACUGACGACGAAGUUGAUUUUGUUAGUGCUCCAUUUUGUGUAUCAAAGAAAGAAAUUUAUGAAGGUAUCAAUGAUCCAGAGACCUUCUUCAGGCCUGCUUUGCGGUCAUUACUGGUAAAUCAUAUAUUGAUAACAAUUGACAUACGAGACAAGGAGUCUAGGCAGCUGGGCCAGAAUCCACAAGGAUUACCAUAUCUUUUGAUGGAGAAAGCCUAUAUUGAUGCCUUUAUCCUGCAUGGCAAGUCCAAAUAUGACAAGAUGUUCCCACUUUUAGAAGACAAGGAAGUGGAAGAAACCUUCCUGUAUGGUCAGGAUGUCACUGACCCUCGCCGAUCACUUCAUAAUACCUGGCUAAAAUGGAUCAAAUUCCAACCCCUGUGGAAAAUAAGGAAUUACUUUGGAGAGAAAAUAGCUUUGUAYUUUGCUUGGCUAGGAUCCAUGACCUUUUCUCUUAUAAUUCCAAUGCUGUUUGGCCUUGCUGUAUUUCUUUGGGGUCUGAUUGAUGCUGUCGAUGAACAUCCUUUGAGGCAGACCAAUGCGACCAUUACAAAUAUCACUGGUAAAUGGGUCAAGAAUGCAUUUGAUAACUCUAUUACACCUUACUUUGCAUUGGUCAUCUGUUUAUGGGGAACAAUUUUUCUAGAAAACUGGAAACGUACCAAUGCCAGGCUUGCAUACAAAUGGGACGUAGAUGAGUUUGAGGAACAGGAACCUAACCGCCCUGAAUAUUAUGGCACAGAGAUUAGACCUGAUCCCAUCACUGGACAACAUGAACUGUUCUAUCCUUUCAGGCUGAGAGUCACAAAGAUGACGGGUUCCUUUGGUCUUCUUUUAUUUAUGGUUUGUCUGGUACUGGCAAGUCUCUUUGCUGUCAUCGUUUACAGAAUCAUAGCAAGAGAAGAUCUGUUCAAGUCUAGUGGUCCUUUUGGUCCCACUAUUGCAAGCAUCACGUCAACGUUUCUCAAUACUUGUUCGAUUAUGAUCAUGGGCAAAGUGUAUCAGGUGCUAGCAGUGCGCCUUACGGACUGGGAGAAUCACCGGACACAGACAAGCUAUGAAGAUGCACUCAUCAUCAAGCUGUUUGGCUUCCAGUUUGUCAAUUCUUACUCCUCGUUAUUCUACAUCGCUUUCUUUAGACGGGACACAGCAUCUGAAGGUAUUCUUGGGUUUGGACCAAACUACAACGACGCCUGUGGUGCUGACAAUGACUGUAUGUCACUAUUGUCUCUUCAAGUGGCCAUGUUGAUGAUCAUGAAACCACUGCCUAAAGUCUUCUCCGAUAUCGUUCUACCUUUUAUCAAGCGUAUCUGGCGCCAAGGCUGUUGCAACAACAAAGUAGACGAAGCUGACGAGGUCAUCAACCACGAGGUGGAAGACUUCCUGACCUACGAACUACAUAAAGAACCAUUAGUAGACUUCACCCUGUCUGAAUACACAGAAAAARUUCUUCAAUAUGGAUUUCUCAUGCUUUUCGCAGCAGCUUUCCCACUUGCGCCAUUGAUAGCACUUCUGACUAACUUGAUCGACAUGAAGGUGGAUGCUAGAAGAUUACUGUGGAUCAAUAGAAGACCGAUCGCUUUCCGCGCUCAAGACAUUGGCAUGUGGUAUGGCAUCCUAGAGUUCCUCAACAUAGUAGGGGUAGUAACCAAUGGUUUCCUGGUUACAUUCACCUCUGACUACGGCAAGCAUUGGGAGGGAUUCGCUACUACUGUCACCUUUAACAAGACUGUAGUUAAUACAGUAAAUAAUCAGACUGUGGUACAACUUAUCGUCCAACAAGAGCCAACCUUCAAUAGACUCUGGCUGCUCAUAGGAUUUGAGCAUAUCGUGUUUGCAAUCAAGUUCCUCAUCGCCUGGCUUAUCCCCGAUGUCCCAAGCGAUGUCCGUAUGGCCCAACGAAGGGAAAAACAUCACCUCGCUGAUAUUUUAUCCAAAGCAGGCAUGCGCAAGGGACCUGGUAGGAAACUAACAGAGUCAUCAACACAGUCCCGACGGCCAUUGCGAACCUCCCAAUCCAGUCCUGUAAUAAUAACCAACACUCAGGCAAAUAACGGGCAGUUACAACGGGAGACUGGAGCGAGCAGCUUAUUGGACAGAAACAAUCACGUGAUGCCAAAAACUCGAUUAGAUCCACUUCCGGUUAACUAUGUACCAAAGUUUAAAGUAAAUCAAAGAGACUCUAGUGAUAAGGUAGUCUAGGAUAACGUUUUUUUGAAAUAUAAGAAAUAAGGCAUAUGGUAUUUAUACUAUUUAUAUUUUAUUAUUCAAAACUAUACCAGACUAAAUUUCAUACGACUAAAUAACGGCGCACUGUACUCUAGCCUGCGUGAAGACCGAAUUUAACCUUCGUUGAGUCGGUCAGUCUGCACGCAGGCUAACUGUACUCUUACGGUGCACAAGUGUAACAAGAAAAAUGAUAAAACUAUAUUUAUUCUUAAUUGAUACUAAAAACAUAUUUAUGUACAAAUUUUCAAGCUUCCAUUUCAUGCACCACAUUGAAAAAACGUCUUGGUUCAAAAGGUUAAAUUAUCGAUUAAGAGUGACAAAAUGCUUUGUUCGAUAUCACGGAUAYAAGCUUCAAUCUUGACUUAGCUAAUUCAGUAUCAUAAGCUACUAAAAACUCAAAAGAUAUAUGUAUCAUAUAUAAUAUAUAUUAAUAUUUUAAGACGAGACUGAGCUUUUUUUCAAUUCAAGUUGACUGUGAGGAAUUCCGUCUAAGAUGGUCGACUUAAUUGUUUUUAUUCCCUCUUUGAGCCAAUCCGAGAAAGCUGUUUCUUAUCCACUCAACUUGAUCGAAAAUAUUAAGAACAACUGAAUAAAAACAUGUACAGACCAUGAA